AUGAGUUAUUUUCAAACCAUCCACGUGCUUUUGAUGCUUACUUUACUCGAAGUGACGUUGGUGACCGGAAAACACCCUGUCACGAUUGCUGCAAUAUUACCGGCGGAUGAUAGUCGGUUGUUUUCAAUUCGACGAGUCGCACCUGCUAUAAGUAUUGCCGUAGACAGAGUCGCAAGAUCUGGCGUUCUGCGGAAUCACAGAUUAGAAGUUGAUUAUGCGAAUUCCCAAUGUUCCAUAUCGUUCGCUAUGAACCAGGCUAUCCGAUUCCACGUUCAGAAGAACCCUAGCCUGUUCCUUGGACCCUGCUGCGAUUACGCCGUGGCUCCGAUCGGUCGACAGGCUCCGUUCUGGAAUCUUCCCAUGAUAACACCAGGAGCUAUGGCCAGGGAUUUCGCCGUGAUGAAAUGGACCAUGUUCUCGACACUGACUCGGAUGGGAGCGGAUUUUAAUUCCUUAAUUAGUUUCUUGGUGUCCAUUCUGAGCCAUUUUAAUUGGAGUAAGGUCAAGCUGCUGUAUGACCCCAAGGGACAAGGAAAUGUAGUGGACAGAUUCUGCCAUAUUGCUACUGAUGGCUUCCAUUAUGGAUUGAGGACACAAACAGUGAUCAAAAACCUGUCUCAAGAAUAUUUCAAAUUUGAUGUGAUCAGUGAUAUUUUGGAUAAUUUCGCCUCGGAAGUAGGAACAGACAUUUCAGGUCAAUGUCGUUUGGUAUUUGUUAAGACAUUCGUUACUGAAGAGAAAGUCGUGAAAAGAACAGGUUGGAAAGAUAGAGAUAGACGAGACUUCCUGAUCUUAGAAUGA